AUGACGACCAAGCGACAGCUCGGACUGGCAGAAGCAUUUCUCAACGCCCAGCAGCGCGCCUCCACGCCUCCUGCGAAGCGCGCGCGCCUGAGUGCGGCCGCACCUCUUUCGACGGCGGCGGCGGCGACUGUUGCGGGUGCGGCAGGACAGGCAGGACAGGCCGAAGCAGUGGAGCCGACGGCAUCGACCUCUUCUAUCUCCUCGUCGCCCUUCUCGCCCUCGUCACUCCUUUCGUCCCUCUCCUCGACCGGCUCCUCCCCCACCGAAUCCGACCUCCUCGCUCUCGAAUGCGCAACCCUCCAUCCUUCCUGGCUCGAACACCUCCGCGACGAGAUCCGCAAACCCUACUUCCUCGACCUGAAGCGGUUCCUCUGGAAGGAAGGGUUGAAGGGGGAAAAGGACCGCGAGGGUGGGAAGUUGAAGGUGUUUCCGCCAGCUCGAGACGUGUACGCCUGGUCGCGCUACACACCUUUGCAGGAUGUCAAGGUGGUCAUUCUUGGGCAGGACCCGUACCACGAUGACGGCCAAGCACACGGCCUCUGCUUCUCGGUCCGACCGGGCGUCAAGAUUCCACCAUCGCUUCGCAACAUCUACAAGGAGAUCAAGGAGGAGUACCCGGCGUUCGACGUGCCUAAGCAUGGGAACCUGAUCUCCUGGGCCCGCUCCGGCGUCCUCCUCCUCAACACAUCCCUCACCGUCUCGCCUCACAAAGCCGGCUCGCACUCGAACCGCGGCUGGGAAGACUUCACGGACAAGGUGAUCGAGCUGGUCGACAAGCAUGCGGGUGCGAGCGAGGACGGGAAGAAGGGGAAGGGGGUGGUCGUGCUGGCUUGGGGUGCGUGGGCGGCGAAGCGUGUUGCAAAGAUGGACAAGAAAAAGCACCUCAUCCUGACCUCUGCACACCCCUCACCGCUCUCCGCCCGCCGCGGUUUCUUCGGCAACUCGCACUUCCGCAAGGCGAACGAAUGGCUGCAGCAGAAGUAUGGUCCGGAUGCCGGUAUCGAGUGGACGAAGCUGGAUAUCGAGGUGGAAGAGACGGGCGUUGUGAAAGACGGCGACGUGGUGUAG